CGUGCAUAUUCGAUAAGUUCACAACCAAAACACAAUUUCUAGAAAUAAACCAACAAAAAUCGCAAAACAAUGGCUUCUGAUGGUGAGGAUAUCAAUAUAACACCCGCUGAAUCUCUGGCCUCGGCCACGGACACCGAGGAUGAGGAGUUGGACCCGUCACAUGUGAAUUCCGACCUGGAAUCCGACGACGAGGUCUUGGAAGUGGAGGAGGUGCCAGCGACCGCUGAGGAAGCCGAUAUGGAUGAGCUGCUGCGGCAGCUGGAGGAUUAUACGCCCACCAUUCCGGACGCCCUGACCAUGCAUGCCCUGAAAACGGCUGGCUUUUCCACCGUGGACCCGCAAAUAGUGCGCCUCAUCUCCGUGUCCGCCCAGAAAUUCAUCUCCGACAUCGCCAACGAUGCACUGCAGCACUGCAAGACGCGCACUACGAACAUCCAGCACUCCAGUGGCCACAGUUCUAGCAAGGAUAAGAAGAACCCCAAGGAUCGCAAGUACACGCUGGCCAUGGAGGAUCUGGUUCCCGCCCUCGCCGAUCACGGCAUCACCAUGCGCAAGCCCCAAUACUUCGUUUAAGUUUAGUUAUAAGCAGAAAGCACAGUUCACUAAAGUUCCCACAGUUUGUACAAUCGCUCUUCUUAAAUUGAGCAUAUUAAUAGAUUCAUUUUCUUUCAAUAUUUAAAAACACUUUA